AUGGGAAAAGGUACUGAUAAGCUCUAUAUCACACACUCUGAACAUUCCGCUAGCGCAGGUCCGAAUGCCUCCCAGAAAGCCGCGGACGGAUCAUUUAGGAGGCUACCUUUCAAUUUCUGCGCCGCAAGUCUGCAGCCCUUCAAACAUCCAGUCUGCACAGCAGAGGGCACGAUAUUUGAUGUCGAGGUCAUAAGUCAAUGGUUAGAAAAGCACGGGACGAACCCAGUAACAGGGAAGCCGCUCAAGGACAAAGAUUUGAUCAAGCUGAACUUUGCGCGCAAUGGGGAUACGGACGCAAACGAUGGUGGUGGAGGGGCCGGUGAUGGACUUGGGGAGAUGGUUGACCCGGUCACAUUCAAGGUUUUCACAGACAAUACGCACAUAGUCGCUAUCAGACAUGGUAGCGAAGCAAAUGUAUUUGCUUGGGAAACUGUGGAGAGGUUGAAUAUCAAGGCCAAGAUGUGGAAGGAUCUUGUGGACGAUCGAGAAUUCGGCAGGUCCGACAUAAUUACCCUCCAAGAUCCGCAGAAUAUCGAGAGCAGGGACCUCAGCAAGUUCCAGUUCCUAAAGGAAGGGACCAGCGUUUUAACUAAGGAACAAGAGGAAGAGAGGAAGAGUGGUGGCGUGAAUAUUGACGCUUUGGGUCGCGUUGGAGACAAAAUCUUGAGGGCUAAGGAAGCAGUCGAAAAGGCAAGAAGAGAGAGGGCUGCCCUCGGGGAUGUAAAUCGCUCAAAGGCAGUGACGAAGACUAGCUCAGGCCACACUACACCGAAACAAUCAAUGUUACAGGAGAAGAAACUGGCAUACAACGCAGCACAGUAUACAACCGGGAAGGCUGCAGCAAGUUUUACGAGUACGGGUCUGACUCCAGAGACAAGCGGUGAAAGAGCACUACUCACCGAUGAAGAAUACAUGCUCAAGCCUAAGAGGGUCAAGAUUAAGGGAUAUGCUAGAAUCGAGACGAAUCUAGGUGCGCUUAACAUUGAGUUGCAGACCGAAACUGCCCCCAGAGCUGUGUGGAAUUUUGUACAGUUGGCGAAAAAGGGCUACUAUAAUGGGAUCAAGUUCCAUCGGAAUAUUAGGAACUUCAUGAUCCAGGGUGGUGACCCAACUGGCACCGGCAAAGGGGGCACGAGCAUCUGGGGCAAGAAUUUUCAAGACGAGUUUGAUGGGCCUUUGACGCAUGAUGCAAGGGGUAUUGUGAGCAUGGCGAAUAAGGGAAAGAACACAAACUCGAGUCAAUUCUUCAUUACAUACAGGCCUGCAAAACACCUUGAUCGGAAGCAUACCAUCUUUGGCCGCGUCGUUGGUGGCUUGGAAGUCCUACAAAAGCUCGAAAAUGUUCCCGUGGAUGGAUCUGAUCGGCCAAUAGAUGACAUUGUCAUGGAGAGUGUCGUGGUGUUUAUCGAUCCAUUCGAAGAAUUCCAGAAACAAAAACGCGAAAAGGAUGAGGCCGAGAAGGAGAAGGCGGAGAUCAUGAAGCAAGGUGGGACAGAGGAUGACAAGACGACCUGGACUGGUAAACGAAUUCGAGAUGAUGGGACGGUCGUUCAGAGUGGGCAAUCCGGCGGUGUUGGGAAAUACCUGAAGGCCUCCGCAGAUACAACUAAAAGCCAAGGCGUCAUCGAAGAAGAUGUAUAUGAGGAGCCUGUGAAGAAGAAAAUCAAGUCCGGAGGAUUUGGGAACUUCGACAACUGGUGA